UUCUGCACCAGACUUUCUUAUAUAGAAACCAUGGGGAAUAUGAAAGGAUUCAGUUGUGGGGGUUUUAAUGCAUGUCUUGUCAUUGCAGGUGAAGUGAUAAAGCAUGGCCAUUUAAAGAACAUUCUGAAUGAAGGCAUGCCCUUGCAGAGGGACCCAACUGAAAAGGGCCUCCUAAUAAUCCAGUUUAUAGUUACUUUUCCUCACAAUCAAUGGCUUCCUGUUGAAAAGCUUAGUUUUCUAGAGGCCUUGCUUCCACCAAGGGAAAAAGAAGAAAUGAUCACUGACGACAUGAAAGUUGUGGAGCUUGAGCGAGAGCCAUACAGGAAGUACAGGAGAGCAGCAUACCAAGAAGAUGAUGGGACCAGGGAUGGAGUUCAGUGUCAAACCUCCUGAGCUCUAUGGAAUCCUGUUUGCUGAAGAAACAUUUGUGUUGGCCAUGGACUUGUGAUCUCUGCAGUCCAGAAGAGCGUGUGGCAUAAUUCUCAGCAGAUUCUUUAUUUCUGUUUAUUACUGUUCUUUAUAGGGAUGCACCGAAUCCCAGAUUUUGCCUUUUUCAGCAGGAUUCAGAUUCGGACGAAUCA